CACGAGGGCACCUAUGGAUGCUGUAGGGAAUCAACAAAGAGUUGAAUGAUCUGGCACGUGAUCCUCCAGCACAGUGUUCAGAAAAAUGGUGAUGACAUGUUCCAUUGGCAAGCUACAAUAAUGGGACCAAAUGACAGUCCCUAUCAAGGUGGAGUAUUUUUCUUGACAAUUCACUUCCCAACAGAUUAUCCCUUCAAACCACCUAAGGUUGCAUUUACAACAAGAAUCUAUCAUCCAAAUAUUAACAGUAAUGGCAGCAUUUGUCUUGAUAUUCUACGAUCACAGUGGUCCCCAGCACUAACUAUUUCAAAAGUACUUUUGUCCAUCUGUUCUCUGUUGUGUGAUCCCAAUCCAGAUGAUCCUUUAGUGCCUGAGAUUGCACGGAUCUACAAAACAGAUAGAGAAAAGUACAACAGAAUAGCUCGGGAAUGGACUCAGAAGUAUGCGAUGUAAUUAAAGAAAUUAUUGGAUAACCUCUACAAAUAAAGAUAGGGGAACUCUGAAAGAGAAAGUCCUUUUGAUUUCCAUUUGACUGCUUUCUAUGAGCCCACGCCUCAUCUUCCCCUGUGCACAUGUUUACCUGAUACAGCAGUGCUGCGUGUUGUACAUACUUGGAACAACAAAAUAGAAAUACUGUAUUUCCCCAUACCAACAUUGACUCCUAGCAGAGAAGUGUGUGUGUGAAAAGCUGGUUCUUCAGUCAUAACUUUGUGAGCCUAAAAGCAUUCCUUGUUGAUUUAAAUUGGGUAAUAAAAUGUGAAUGAGAGAGUUAUGGUGGACUUCAUAUUCCUAGGGACAGUGUUGCUGAUCCGUGAAGGAUUUUAAGUGGAAUCCUUUUAAACUCAUAACAGUUAUGAAAAGCAAGGUGAAGAACUUGAAGCUGUUUCUGUAUUCAUUUUAUUCUGAAGGACCUAUACCUUAGGUAAAUGUUAUGACCAAUGAGAUAAACUGUACCCACAUCCUGUGUUUAAGGUCUAAGUUUAACCGGUCAACAUUUAAAUGGAUUGGAGCUAUUAGUGCAUCAAGUGAUGUUGAUUUGUUUCAACUCUCUCCUUUCCUUCAUACUUUUUUUUGGUUUGUAUGUGGUUUCUCAGUUAAUACAUAGCUAAUAGCUCUUAUUUUUCUUAAGUUUUUUAACUGCUUAGGUCUUUCUGGAUGUAAGGGUAAAAAUCCAUUUGACAGAGAACUUGUGUAUAUUUAAAGACCCAACUGCUCCCCUGGAGCUUGUACGUUGAAGAAUGAUUAAUCUGUGUAAUAAACUGAUUACUACAGUCAUUACAUAUAACUUUGUGUGAAUAGGCUUUUAAUUUUAAGAUCAGUUUGGUACAGGCUAAGACUAAUGGUGGAUUUCUCUCAAACUUUUGCAUUCACGAGUGGUUGCAUUUGGAAGUCAUGAAGCAGCUUGGUUUGCAUCACACGAAGCUAUGCACCUGAACAAGACAAACACGAGCUUUUAAGCACUUAGAUGAAAUCAGGAUGUGUAGUGUGCCAGGAACUUGACUGUUAAACCAAAUAAGCAGUUUACUAAAUGAGAAUCUUGAGUGACAUUUUACAAAACCUAACGGUAUUAUUCCCACUUGCAUGGGACCUAACACAAUGCAUAUGUACUGUAGGUAAGUGAAACCUUAUGUAAGUAAAAUAAUGGAUGUAAAAGGGUGAAAAAAACAAACCAACAAACCUACCAAACACAUCAGCACAAACUUUCAUAAAAUGUAGCUUUUACAUAAUUACUUUGCACUAAACAUUUGCAGAUGUUCAUACAGUUUUAAAUUGUACUUGUAUGUGUCUUUUUUUUUGGAACAAAGUCUUCACUUGAAUCUAGUGGAAAAAAAAAAUGUAGUUUGAAACUUUUCUUUGUAUACAAGUGUAUUUGCCAGCAUCGUUGGUGUGACAGUAGGUGAGUCUGCAAGUUUAUCUCCUCUUAGUAGAAUUGUAAACAAAGCCAUCGACUGAAGGAGAGGCUGUAACCUCCAGCUCUCCAGCCACAGGGGUCUGUCCCAUCCAUUUUCAAAUGCAUCUUUACACUCUUGCACAAAUGAGGAAUAAAUGUCCACUGCUUUUGGUCUAAA